AGACUUGAGCUGGAUGUGAAUGUAUAUAUAUAUCCCCACUCGCAACGGCGGCCAUCAGUCCCACCAAAGGUCGGUCCAUUUCAACCUGCAAUUGUAACUAUCUGAUCAUGUCUCACUCAGGUGCUCAAGGCAGUAUUGGCAGCCACUCUGCCAUUGGGCUGCGCAAUCAAAAGAUUUGUCUCUAUGAAUUCGAGAACUUCCAGGGCCGCAGGAUGGACCUGUUUGGAGAGUCCCGUAACCUGAUGGAGAAGGGUUUCGAGAGAAUUGGUUCCAUCAAGGUCGAGUGUGGACCCUGGGUGGGUUACGAGCAGCAGAACCUGACUGGUGAGAUGUUCAUCCUGGAGAAGGGAGAGUACCCCCGCUGGGAUACCUGGACCAACAGCUACAGGUGUGACUCUAUGAUGUCCGUCAGGCCCAUGAAGAUGGACCCCCAGGACCACAAGAUCUGCCUGUACGAGUGUCCAAACUUCGAGGGUCGCAAAAUGGAGGUGUGCGAUGAGGAUAUUCCUAGCCUGUGGUCUUAUGGCUUCCAGGAUCGUGUUGCCAGUCUUCAAGUCACCGGUGGAACCUGGGUGGGCUACCAGUACCCUGGCUACCGUGGCUUCCAGUAUGUGUUUGAGAUGGGCCCUUACAAGCACUGGAACGAGUGGGGAGCCAACCAGCCCCAGAUCCAGUCCAUCCGCAGGGUGAGAGACAUGCAGACACACCGCAGGGGCUGCUUCGAGAUGACCGCAUAA